GUUUUAAAGAAGAAGAAGUUCUCUGAAGCAGCAUAACAUAUUCCACGCUUUUUGAUAAAGUGAAAUUUUUAUUUCUUUAUUUUUGACAAAAUGAAAACUUGUAGUCUGUGUAAAAGUAAAAAUGAUAAACUUUUUCAUCCCGAAGAAAAAUUACUCGACACGCAACUAUCCAGUGUGAUAAAGUUUGUGUUUUGUAAUCACUCACUGGAGUUCCCACCAAAAUUUCUUAUCUGUACGGAGUGCUCAUUGGCGCUUUUACAAACGGAAAUCGUUUUAAAACGUCUUUCAGAAGCUUUACCAAACAAUAGAAACUUUAUAGGAGAGCAAAAAUCAUUAAAUGGACAAGAAAUAAAUAAAGAUAAAGAUGAAGAUGAAAAUGCAGAGACUAAUGGCGACAAUUCAUCAAAGAAAAAAAAUUCAAUGGAUUGGACAUUUUAUUGUCCUAAUUGUGAAUACACCACCACUAAACCAACACUGUACAAGAGCCACUUAAAGUCUAAGCAUAAAUACGAGGAUCCGCGCAUUUACAAAUGUAUGUACUGUACCGAAUCGUAUCAACGGAAAAUUGGCGUUAAGAAUCAUAUUGAUUGUGUACAUGAAAAUAAGCCACGUCCAACACGUCAACGACGUAAAACAAUUGCCUUUGAUUCGCCGAAUGUUUUAAGUAGCACAACUAUAAAAAAUCAAUUAGGAAAUGAUACUUCAGUGGCUGAUACAAAUAACGAUAGUUUACUAGUCUACGAUCCAAAUAUGCCGUAUGAAUUUUUAUGCACCCAAUGUAAUUAUAAAACUGUACAACCCAAAAUUUUCAAACGACACAUGUUAUCCAAGCACCAAGUAGAGGACAACAGGAUUUACAAGUGCCGAAAAUGUCCAAGUACAUAUGCCAGACAAUUCGCUCUAAACAAUCACAUUGCAUAUGAGCAUGAAAAGAAACCUAAACCUCAACGGCGCAAGUCAAUAGCCGCAGAUGUUUCAUCAAACAAUUUGGCGGAUGAGGAAAUAUUAGUGCCUAAAAUCGAGCCAGAAGACGAAGUAGAAGAUCUAAGAUGUGAGCUAUGUCUUUAUCAAGCAGAUAAUUCAAAUGGUCUUAAAAGACACAUGGUAAUAGUACAUCAAAAUGAUAGCAUAAAUACGAACGGUCACGAUUUCGAUACCACAAACCAUGAGGAACAACAAAGAAAUGAAGAAGAGGAAGAAGAAGAGCAUGUAUUCCAAGUGCCACAAAAAAGAUCACGUAAUCAAUUAAGCUUCAGUGAAAACCCUACUGCCGAGUGGAUUUUCCAAUGUUCAUAUUGUGAUUUUGAAAGCAAGAAAAAGAAAUCGUUCAAGGCGCAUCUGAGCGAUGUACACGACAUUGAUGAUAGCGAAGUAUAUAAGUGCACGUAUUGUACGGCAGCAUAUGAACACUUUAGAUUGUUGCGACAACAUGUUACAAAUAAACAUAGCAUUGAUUUGACAUCAAUGAGCGACACAGCUGCAGAAUCCGAUGCUAGCUAUAGUCAAAGACCCAAGAAACAAAAACGCGAUUUUACGCCAAUAAGAUCUAUUAAGUCCAUAAUUAUAGAGAGCGAGGAAGAGCAAACGCCGGCGAAAAGCUUUAAAUCUAAUGGAGUAAAGGCGAAGGGGUAUUGCGUGGUGUGUGGCAAGCAAUUUUCAUCAGUUGAGAAGUUACGUUCGCAUAUGGAUAAGCGACAUGGUGGUGACGAAAUCAAAAAAUGUCAAAAUUGCGACGCACAAUUCCAUUCUUUGGAGAAAUACGAGGCGCACUUGUUUAGUGAGAAAUGUCUGGAUGCGAAAUUGGAAUGUCAAUAUCCUGGCUGCCCGAAACGUUUUAACAGGCCAUCGAAAAUGAAACAGCAUAUGCAAGAGAAACACCCAGAUUUAAUUGAUUAAAGUGGUUGUUAAUUUUUUUUUUUAGAAUUUUUAAGUAAAAAAAUUUUAUUCGCUCUUUUCAACAUAUACAUACAUAUUUCUUUGCAAAAUAAGUGAAUUUGGUCAUCAUCAAGUGAAAUAUAGCCUUUAUCUUCAAUGCAAAGUAAUAAUGAUUUUAUUUUUAUUAACAGUUCUUACUAUCUUUUAGUACGAUAUAAUAUGUAUAACAUUACAUAAUAAAUAAAAAUCGAAAAUGUUUUCCAA